CCCGCAGCUCGCGCCGCGCCGAGCAGGUGCCCGCGCCCCUCGCAUGCGGCGGCCGCGCGGGCGCUGGUAGCGGCCGGGCCGCGCUGGGCUCCGGCGCAGGGCCAUGUCGGUGGUGACCGGCGGCAGCGAGGCGGCCGGCGGGCCCGGCGGGGGCAACGGCACGCGCGUUUUCUUCCAGAGCCCCCGGGGCGGCGCCAGCGGCAGCCCGGGCUCCUCCCGGGAAGAUUCGGCGGCGCCGGUGCCCGCGGCGGCCGGGCAGGUUCAGCAGCAGCAGCAGCGUCGCCACCAGCAGGGGAAGGUGACGGUGAAAUACGACCGCAAGGAGCUGCGCAAGCGGCUGGUGCUGGAGGAGUGGAUCGUGGAGCAGCUGGGGCAGCUGUACGGCUGCGAGGAAGAAGAAAUGCCAGAUGUAGAAAUUGACAUUGAUGAUCUUCUGGAUUCAGACAGUGAAGAAGAGAGAGCUUCAAAAUUACAGGAAGCUCUUGUGGAUUGCUACAAGCCAACAGAGGAAUUUAUCAAAGAGCUGCUGUCUCGGAUAAGAGGUAUGAGGAAACUGAGCCCUCCACAGAAGAAGAAUGUAUGAUUCUGAACAUGGUGGAUUCUGUCAAAGAUAAAGAAAGGCCCUGCAAUGUAGACUUCAUGAAGACUUUUAUUAAACAAUAGUCAUUCUUAUGAAAAACGUUUUGUUGGGGUGUGGGGAGGGACUCUUAUUAGACAUUUAUUCAAGAGUGUUCUUUUUUGUCGUUUUUUAAAAGGCUUUUAUUAGUGUAAUAUUUUAAUAGAAAAGAUAUCAUAACUCUGACUGCAGUCCAACCACGGAUAAUUAAAGCAGGUGGACAUACAAGGAUAGGCCGGGCCAGGCUGUUUUCUGCAAAGACUCAGAUAUUUAGGACCUUAUUAUACAGGGAAGAUGGUUUUCUUACAAGCAGUUUGGUAAUAAUUUUUCUCAAGUUGUACAUUUGACUCAGAUGUCUAGCUUCUUGUACUUGUAUAUAUCUACACACAACUAAGUUAAAAUGUAGAUGUGAGUUUUAUUUCAUCUUGAUGGAAUAAGCUUGUGAUCAUUCUUUCAUGGAAGGUCACAGCACAUGGGUUUUUCAAGAGGCCAUGAGGCAUUCUUCAUGUGAAUGCUGUUGACCUUCAACAUUUACUUUCUGUACCAAAGUGAAAUGAGCUACACUACAAAAAUGUUGAGUUGGUCAAGGGCUUAAUUUCUGAACUUUCUGUUGUUUCAUUGGUUGGGAUGCUUUGCCAGAUCAUUUUUGCCUCAUUUGUGAUUGUUUAAAGUUUUAUGAACCCUUAAUUUGAAGAACUAACAUGAUUUCUAGAGAAAUGCCCAUGCUAUCUGGAUGGUAUUUUACAAUGGAAAAAGCAGUGAAUUUUCUGCUUUCAGCCAAAUACUGUAUAUUAUUUUUUCUCCACACAAGCAGGUCAGAAGUUAGUGGACUGAGCGUGUUCCUCCUUAAAAGUAGAUUCUGGUUCCUUCUGCACUUGGGUAGCAUCAGAGUGGGAGUAUGAACUGAAUGUUGCACAAGUACAGAGAUAAAAAGACAUCAUCUUUUCCUGCAAGUUGAUACAGCAGGGUUGCAGGUUUAGCAACACGGUUGAAUUUUAGCUUCUCUCAGUGGCUCAUGGGGAGGAUUUGUGGAGUACCUGGCCCUAAUUUUGACCUUGCUCUCCAUGCUUGAAGCUAGGCCUAACACCUGCCCUGCCCCAUUAGAUACCAGCUCUCUGGAGAAGAAUUCAAAUUCAGAUGGCAUGGCAGGGUGGUUGUGGGUUGAGGGGAUGAGAGGAGAAACUCUUCCUGCCCUAUAGGAGGUCCCUGCUGCCUCCUCAUGGAAACCCCACCUACUGUAAGAUGUCUCCAGGUGGUCCUGUCAGAGGACAGGAACUGGGCAUUUUAUAUCAAGGGUGCUCUGAACAUAUUUUAUUUUUUAAGAAAACUAUGUUUGUGAAUUUUAUGUAUACUGGCAAGCUUUUGAAAAUGUAUUUAAUUUUGUAAUGUUUACCAAUGAUUUAUUUACAAGCUAUUUACUCAAAUAAAUGGAGCUGCUUACAAA